CACUCUGAGUAGUUUUACACCACAAUUGUGAAGAUUGCCCCAAAAUUCUACGACUACUUAGUAUAAAAUUUAAGUGGGCGGGGCUAAAGGGUCCAAAAGGCUUUUUUUUUUUUUUUAGAAUAGGAGCAAAACGGUCACCUAAAAGGAAUUUUCACCAUAGGACUUAUUUUCCAAGAGAUUGACCUGUUUCUAUGUGCACAAACGUGUAGGGGAAAUGGUUCUGUGGAAGCAGUGGAACUGCAAGGUACAAACCAGCAAUUCAGACGAGCACAGAUGGCAAGCAGCACUGAGGUGGCAUUCUUUCACACCACGAUGGAAGCAGUUACAGAUGAUCUCUACCACUAUUAUGACUAUGAAUUAAAUGAUACAGUGAGUCCAACAUCAGUCACUGCAGUGAAGGAGCAACCUCUCGCCAUGUCUCACAUCUAUCUCCCCAUGUUAUAUUUCAUCAUGUUCUUUGCUGGAUUCACUGGGAACCUGUUUGUCAUCAUAGUUAUUGGUAACAGGCACAAGAAGAAUGCACGUCUGGUAGAUACAUUUGUGCUGAACCUUGCUCUAGCAGACCUGGUGUUUGUCUUCACUUUGCCCUUAUGGGCCAUCUCAGCUGGGAAGCGUGACCAGUGGCCCUUUGGGGAGCUGUUGUGCAAGACUAGCAGCUAUAUCAUCGCCGUCAACCGGUUUUCCAACAUUUUCUUUCUCACAUGCAUGAGUGUGGACCGCUACCUUGCCAUAGUGCGCCUCAUGGACUCCCACUUUCUCCGGAGCAGCAAAUGUAUACAUCUCACCUGUGGAGUUGUAUGGGGAUCGUCUCUGAUCCUGGGUACACCAUCACUGGUGUAUCGCAAGCUGAAUGUUGAAUAUGGCUUUUGUAUAGAUGAGUUGGAGUCCUCCUUCUUCCAAGGUAUGAUUCUGCUGACAGUUUUUCUGAGCUUUGUGCUGCCUGUGAUGAUUAUCCUCCUGUCUUAUGGCUCGAUCAUGGUCAAACUGCGGCACCACUGUGUCACUGCCGGAAAUUCACGCGCUGAAGCCCGAUGUCGCCACUCUCUCAAAAUUGUUUUCACCAUCAUUAUAGUCUUUCUGGUAUCUUGGCUGCCCUACAAUGUGUUGAGAACAAUUCAAGUCAUCUGCAAGAUCAGUAAUGGCAAGCUGGAUAAUAACACCUACAGGUAUUUGGCCAGAGGGCUCAUUAUCUCCUCCUGCCUGGCCUUCCUCAACAGUUGUCUGAAUCCAGUCAUUUACUUGUUUCUGGAUAAGCAUUUCAGACGCAGCGCAGCCUCACUGUGCAAAUCCUGCACUGGCAAAAGGGAUAAACAGCAGAGUUACAUGUCCUCUAACUCAACUGCCUCAAACGGAAUCUCAGAGAGCCUGGGAAGCACUGCAGCCCGUGGCCACAUCUUCCCCCUCACGCAAAAGAAGUGAACACUCCUCAGCCACAUCUGACCACAGGUUAUAGCUUUACAUGAUUUCAUAUACUAUAUAUAUACACUCUCUAUAUACUCAAAUGUACUUUUAUCAUAUCAUUAUAUGAAUGCAUUAAUAGAUUAGCUAUGCAUGAGGAUAUGUUAGUGCCAUUAUAUUUGUGGGGUAGUCUAAUAAAUUUUUAAAAACAUUUACUAGUUUUUCUUGUACUCCUCAAAUGUGUUCCUAGAAUAAAAAUAAUUAAAAAUUCUGUUUUUAUAAAAUGUUAUAGAUUCAAAGAAGCUAACAAUAUGUGGCUGACUGAUUUGCUCAAGAAUAUGUUCCGAAUGUUAGGAAACAUUACGGCUUUAGAUGAAUCAUUGCUCGGACAUUUAUCAGUAAUUUCAACAUGCCUGUGACUGAUUUUAAUAAAUGCAGAAAUGAACAUAAUUAUACUAUUUUCUGUUUUUCUUUUCUUUUCUUUUUAUUAACAUAGUCAUAUAUAUUUUUAAAAACAGAUUUUUUAAAGGUUUGAAUUUAAAAUAGUAAACAUUACUCUUUUGUUCAUGCUUAAUGUGCACAUACUUCAAAAUAAAAAAAACAUAUAAACUACAGUAAUUUAAGUCCAUUAUUAUUAUUUUUCCAUGCUCACUGAAGAAUUUUUUCCAUGUAUGAAUUUUUUCCAUGUAUGAAUGUUUUAGAUGUUUUUUUUUUGUUUGUUUGUUUGUUUUUGUGCAUUUCUUCUUUAAGUUCAAUACAUCAGUGAUGUGUUUAUUUGUGCUCUGGAACAUUAUGUAUUCUGGCAAUCUUAAGAAAUAAAUAAUUAAAAAUACAGUUAUUAUUUUUAUUUUUAUUUAUUUGUCAUAAUUAACAUAGUAAAGACAUUUCAUAAUUUUCAGUGAUCCAGUCAGUUCUCUGUCAACAUUCCUA